CAUUAUUUUUAUAGAUCCCGGAGUAGUCAGUUCUCAUUCCCAUUUCGGACAGAAAAACUUAUUUGGAUGUAGUUGUUUCAAAAACACGCAAAAAAAAAACCAAAACUAAAUCACAAAAAAUCCUUAAAAAUUCACAAAAUUUUGCGUAGCAGAGAUAAUUGUUAACAACGAAAAGAGAGCAAGCAGAUCGCGUAUGUGUGGGAGUGAGAGAGUUAAUUAGAGAGAGAGACAGAGAGCGACAUGCAUGUGGUAAAGGGCGUUGGGAGCUGCGUGCGUGUGCUGCGCAAGCGCGUGUGGUCCAAAAUGGGAGCUGUGUGCCAGCAGCAGCAGCAGCGCUUCUAUCGCAAGGAUGGCCAGGACGAUGGUCGCUACGGCGAGUGGCCAGUGGGCGAUAGGGAGGAAGGCUUCGAUCCGCGCUACGAUGAUCGCCACUAUGCGAGUCAUCAGCGCGAGGAGGCGCGCAUGCGUGACCACAAGGAUCUGAGCAAGCCGCACUGGCCCACAGGCGUCAAGGACAUGGACAGCAGGCGCGUCAUACAGCAGGCGGCGCUGGAGCAUCAGCGGCGCCAGGAGCGCAUCAUACAGGAGAACAAACUGCGCUGGGAGCAGCGCAAGGAGCCCAGGCUCAACUAUAAUGAGCCCAAGUAUCACGACGAUUAUAAUCCCAUCGAGGCGCGCGAGAGUCCAGGCAACAAGCAUCCGGGUGGCGAGCGUCCUGGACGCGAGCAGCCUUUGCGCAAGACCAAGCGUCAGGACGAGGAUGCGCGUCGCUUCAGCAAGCAGCGCCUGGCGCGCCGCGAACGUCGCUCCAUAGAGAAGCAUCAUGCGCGCGAGCUGCGCGAAUCUCGCAAGGGCUACAAGCUGCCCAAGAGCACCAUGAUGAGUGCGGAGCAGUCCGACCAAUCCGAGGAGCAGCAGCCGCAGGCGCAGCACUCCGAGCAGUACCAGCUGCAGCAGCCGACAGUGCUGAGCUCUGCCAGCCGCGCGUGGCUGGAGAAGCGCCAAAUGGAGGAGGAGGCCAAGUACUGGCACAGCUGGAACACCUGCCCCGAUGAGCGGCGACGUCAGGAGGAAGCCGCUGCCGCUGACGAGGCUGCCGAUGAGCAGCCCUCGGGCUAUGAGCCCAACAGCGCAAGUCCACGUCGUGGCCUAACCACGCCCCCUGCGCCCUACGACGGCAGCGUGCGUCACUUUCAAACGAACUCACGCCAACAUGCCGAGCUGGAGCUGUCCGAGAUGCCUCAACCCACGCAGACGCUGCAGCCCAAGCGGCGCCGGCUCAGCAGCAUGGAGAAGCAGCAUCAGCUGGCGCGGGAUUAUGCGCAGCUGCAGCAGCUGUCGGACAUCAGUGGGCGCCUGGAUCGCUUUGUGCGCACCUUCAAGGAGCCCACAGCGCUGCUGCAGUCGCAUGUGUUCAAAUCCCGCCAAGGCUCCUACGUACAGCAGGCGGAGCAGGAUGCACUCAAGGAUGUGGCGCUGCCUGCGCAGCCGCCGCGUCGCAAGAUGGCUUGGCAGGGCCUACCCCGCCCCAUACUCAAGCGCUUCGACAGCAUCAAGGCUGCCUUCAAUCGCCAGCAGGAGCUGGACGAGCCCCCGAAGCCGCCAAGCCGCGUCCAGCCGCCACGCUUCAAUAUGCAUCUGAAGCGCUUGCGCCGCCUGCGCACGCCCAUGGACAGCUUCUCCAAUCAGCUGCCGGUCAAGACCAACUUCACGCCCUUCAGCGAGUACACGGGCUACGGGCGCCAGACUGUCUGCGACGCUUGGCAUCGCUUCACCAAGGUCUACAACUACAAGCCAGCCUACUAGGCCCAGACUCAGGUUCAGGCCUAGGGCGAUCCCCAAUUGAGCGGCAGCGCUGCUGAUUUUUUACAUGUUAACAAUUCACUAACAACUUGACCAAUAAACAUGGAAAGCAAAAGACAA